AUGGUGGUUCCUGAAGAAUCGCCAUAUUUUCAACUACUAUUCGGCACUCUGUUGACGAAACAACAACAACGCCAACCCAGAGACAAGCAAGUGCAGCGGCAGCGCAACAUUCAAGCGCCACUUGAGGCCAUGUCGGACUUCCAGCGGGAUGUGAAGGAAGUGGAGUCGUUUGACCGCUCCAAGUUGAAGAAGGUCGACGUUGUGGAGAAGAACGUCCUGCCCACCGCGGAAGACAUUGCAGCAGACAAGCUCUCGGACAACCAAUGA